CAUCAUUGCAUUUCUUUUUCCUUUACCUCCAUCUCUAUUUCCUAGUUAAUUUGCUCGUGCACAUCUCCAACGAUCCCAAUUCAAAAAUCAUCACUUCUUCCUAUCUUUUUUAAUAUAUCUUGAAAAAACAUCUUACAAACGAGAACAGAAACAAGAGAAUCCUUCUUUCUUUUGUGUACAAAAUAACAUAAAGACACCUUUUUCGUAGAUGGCAACUUCCGGUAACAGUACAACGGCAGGAACAGGUUCACCGUGCGGCGCGUGCAAGUUCCUGAGAAGGAAGUGCUUAUCGGAUUGUAUAUUCGCACCUUACUUCUCAUCGGAGCAAGGAGCAGCAAGAUUCGCAGCUAUUCACAAGGUGUUUGGAGCCAGCAACGUCUCUAAGCUCUUGCUUAAUGUCCCAAUCCAUGAUCGAUGUGAAGCUGUUGUCACCAUCGCCUACGAAGCUCAAGCUCGUCUUCAUGAUCCUGUGUAUGGCUGUGUCUCUCAUAUUUUCUCCCUCCAACAACAGGUAGCUUACUUGCAAGCACAAGUCAUGCAAAUGAAGGCACAUAUCGCCGGCCACCAGACGUCAGCCGCAGAAGGUACUCACCUAUUUGAGAUGUGGCAACAAACUAGUGACUCACUGAUUGAUAGUGCAUACUCCACACCAUAUAACCAUCACCAUCAUACUUACUGCGGUCACAUAAACCCUAAUAAUCCGGUCUCGCCACAGAGCUCACUAGAAGAAUCUUUCAGCAACACAAGCAGUGACGUCACAACUACAGCUAACGUACGAGAGACUCACCAAACCGGAGGUGGCGUAUACGGUAAGGGUGACUUAGGGUUUCAGGAAGGAUAUCCUAACAAAAAGAGAUCCGUGAGUUAUUGUAAUAGUGAUUUAGGUGAGCUUCAGGCUUUGGCUCUUAGAAUGAUGAAGAAUUAAGAUAAGUUCUUUUUUCUAAAAAUUAAGAUGAGUUGGUACUUUGGGAAAAAGAAAAAAACAGUUGGUAACUUAUCUAGACAGCGGCGAAGAAAUAAGAUGGUUUUUGACAAGAAAUAAAAGAUAGCAAAACAAUGGAUGUUCACAUGCUAUCAUCAACAAAAAUGUCUACAUGCCUGUUUGUUCUGCAGUUGUUAGCGAUGGUGGCUAAAGUUAAGCAGUGACUAGCUUAUAUUCAAUGACAGGUUUCAGCGAUAUAUCGUAAUCGAUUUAACAAAUCAUUUCAACGAUAUAGUGUUAC